AUGAAGCUUCUUUUCUUGCUUCUUGCCAUCCUUCUGGCCAGGGAACCAGUGGUGUCGGCCCCGUGUUGGCAGGACGGGCACUGCCGGCUGGUGUGCCAGGAUAAUGAAGACAGCGUCAUACGCUGUGCAAAUCGUAAACGGUGCUGCGUCCCCACUCGCUACCUAACAAUCCAGCCGGUAACCAUCCACAAAGCCCUCAAAUGGACCACUCCAAGGAUGCCUACCACAGCCCAGAAGAAGAAGAAGCGGAAAAGAGCUCAUGCGUAG